AUGGCUCCUCACGCGGAAGUAGGCACGGGCUCCUCGAACGGGGCGGUCUACAACGGCCGAGGUUCCUCAGCUACUCAGGACCUCUUCACCGUCAACUCCCCCAACGUCACCUACACUGAUGCGGAAAUUCGUUCCCGAUACACCUACCGCACUACCAAGGUUGACGUUGAUGCUAACGGCAAGUAUGUUGCCACUCCAAAUGAGACUCUCUAUGACUUCAAGGUCGACCGUAAGAUCCCCAAGGUCGGCAUGAUGUUGGUUGGCCUCGGAGGCAACAACGGCACUACCGUCACCGCUGGCAUCCUCGCCAAUCGCCGUCAGCUCGCCUGGGAUACCAAGGAGGGUCCCCGCGAGUCCAACUACUACGGCUCUGUUGUUAUGGGCUCUACCCUCAAGCUCGGCCAUGAUGCCAAGACCCACCAGGAGGUCAACAUUCCCUUCCAUAACAUUCUCCCUAUGGUUCACCCCAACGACCUUGUCAUUGGCGGAUGGGAUAUUAGCAAGAUGAACCUGGCUCAGGCCAUGGAUCGUGCUCAGGUCCUCGAGCCUACCCUCAAGGCCCAGGUCAAGAAGGAGAUGGCUGAGAUGGUUCCCCUUCCCUCCAUCUACUACCCAGACUUCAUUGCUGCCAAUCAAGAGGACCGUGCUGAUAACGUUCUCGAGGGCUCCAAGGCUUGCUGGGUUCACGUUGAGAAGAUCCGCCAGGACAUCCGUGACUUUAAGGCCAAGAACGGCCUUGAUAAGGUCAUCAUCAUGUGGACUGCCAAUACUGAGCGAUAUGCCGACCUGAUUGAGGGCGUCAACGACACUGCAGACAACCUUCUCAAGGCCAUUGAGCAGGGCCACGAGGAGGUCUCCCCCUCAACUGUCUUUGCCGUUGCCUGUAUUCUUGAGAACGCCCCUUUCAUCAACGGCUCCCCACAGAACACCUUCGUCCCCGGCGCUAUCGAGCUUGCCGAGAAGCACAAUGCCUUCAUUGGUGGUGAUGAUUUCAAGUCUGGCCAGACCAAGAUGAAAUCCGCCCUGGUUGAUUUCCUCAUCAACGCUGGUAUUAAACUGACAUCUAUUGCCAGCUACAACCAUCUUGGCAACAACGAUGGCAAGAACUUGAGCUCCCAGAAGCAGUUCCGCUCCAAGGAAAUUUCCAAGUCCAACGUCGUUGAUGACAUGGUCGAGGCCAACCACGUUCUGUACAAGAAGGGCGAGCACCCUGACCACUGCGUUGUGAUCAAGUAUAUGCCCGCUGUUGCCGACAACAAGCGUGCUCUGGACGAAUACUAUGCCGAGAUUUUCAUGGGCGGUCACCAGACCAUUUCGCUCUUCAACAUCUGCGAGGACUCCCUUCUGGCCUCUCCUUUGAUCAUUGACUUGGUCAUCAUUGCCGAGAUGAUGUCUCGUAUCCAGUGGAAGGCUGUAUCUUCUGAUGGUACUGCUACUACCGAAUACAAGAGCUUCCACAGCGUCCUGAGCGUCCUUAGCUACAUGCUGAAGGCUCCUCUCACCCCUCCUGGCACUCCCGUUGUCAAUGCACUGGCUAAGCAGCGCGCUGCUCUGACCAACAUUUUCCGUGCUUGCGUUGGCCUCGAGCCGGAAUCUGACAUGACUCUUGAGCACAAACUCUUCUAG